AUGGUGAAAUUAUCUUGGAUACGGUGGUGUUUUGUUAGCAACUUCUUUGUACUACUAGUCAAAACACAAACGAAAGAUGCAUUUUUGGAGCGCAGUGAUGUUCGUGAAAAUAGCUCAUUUUGUUCGAUCUUCCCCAGUGGUUUGCUUGACGAUGUAGCGCUAGCAUCACAGUUCAGUCUGUCCGUGCCAACAGAAGAAGAUUUGUAUGUUUUGGAAUUAGACAGAGAACAGCCUGAUCUACUCGAAACCCUCUGGGAUGCAAUUUGUCGACCACCUGCAAUCUUGCAUGCCGAAGCGGCGACCACACAACCUUCACUUCAGUCAAUGCCACGCGAAAAGACGGAGCGUUCACUGGCUGGAAACUACUGGUGCCCAGAAGCAAGUCCUACAUGCGCGAUCGAGUUGAACAAUUACACGCAGGACUGCCCAGAUAAUAGCGCUUAUGGUCAGCGAUCAAUUCCGGAAGGGCAAUAUGUGACACCGACUACCCAGCAUUGUACAAUUCAUAACGGAGAAAAGCCGUACAAAUGCAGCCAUUGCAAUUCGAAAUUCAGGCAGAAAGCUCAUCUGGACGAACACAUGCGAAUUCAUAGUGGCGAGAAACCAUACGUUUGCGAGCACUGCGGUAAAAGGUUCAGAAGUAUUGGAAAUUUACAGCAGCAUUAUACAAUUCAUACCGGGAAGAGCCGUACAAAUGCCAGUCCUACUACAAAAUGA